AUGGAGGUGUUAUUAAAUUAUGCUUUAUCAGUAGAAACCUUCCACGUGGCUUCGUGCCUGUGGUACAGCGAUACUGCAGGGAACAUGAAUGCUCUACCUGGAGCGACACCAAGCAAUCACGGACUCGACAAGCGAGCCACUUUUGUACAAGGAAGACGAACACUCGAUCUCAUAGAUCAUCUUCACUGCGACGUCUUCAAUCAAGAUAAAUUCUUGAUCAACGGUGUCGAAGUGCGCAUGAGGCUUGUUCGUUCGAAAUACUCCUUCUGCCUUAUGGAGGGAAAUACUAUGUCACGGAUACGCAUUUUAGAUGCUACACUACUCAUCAGAAGAGCUACAAUAAACCCAGGCAUAUUACUCGCUCAUACGAAAAUGUUGACCAGGACUACUGCUAAAUACCCCCUCACGAGAAUCGAGGUUAAAUCAUUCACGAUUCAUAGCGGCGUCGUAGGAGAGACACUGGACAACGUCAUUUUUGGACAAAUACCAAAGCGCAUAAUUGUCGGCUUUGUCGAUAACAAAGCGUUUAACGCUGCCCGGCAUUUAAAUCCAUUCAAUUUCCAGUAUUAUGAAAUAAAUUUCUUUUCGUUGUAUGUCGAUGGUACUCAAAUCUCUAGCAGACCGUUACAACCCAAAUUCUCUGGUAACGAGAUGUUCUACGUCGAGGCGUAUCACACACUUUUCUCAGGAACAGACAUUCACUUUUUGAUCGAAACUAAUUCCAUAUCCAGAGGAGAUUAUCCUGCUGGUUAUACUCCUUUCGCUUUUGAUCUCACUCCUGAUCUGUCAGCUAAUUGCGCGAGCCAAUGGAACCUUGUGAAACGCCGUAGUUUACGAAUGGAAGUACUAUUCGAAAGAGCCCUCACAACAACGGUCAAUUGCUUAGUUUACGCUGAAUUUGAAAGUGUGCUGGAAAUAGAUUCUUCUCGUCAAGUCAUUGUAGAUUAUAGCAGUUAG